AUGGAAUUAUCUUCUUUCCAAGAAGAAGAAAAUGUAACUUCAUUUUUUAUUCGAAAAAUUGAAGAAGCAGAAUUACAAAUUAAUGAAAAAACACAAAAUUUAAGAAGACUUGAGGCUCAGCGUAAUGAAUUGAAUGCAAAAGUACGUUUGCUACGUGAAGAGCUUCAGCUUCUUCAAGAACCUGCUUCUUAUGUUGGAGAAGUUGUUAAGACAAUGGGUAAGAAGAAAGUCCUUGUAAAGUGUCAGCCAGAGGGGAAAUAUGUGGUUGAUGUUGCAGAUGGGAUAGAUAUCAAAAAACUUACAGUUGGUCUUCGAGUAUCUCUUUUAUCAAGUUCUUAUACAUUGAAUUCUAUACUUCCAAGCAAGGUUGAUCCUCUUGUAUCUUUGAUGAUGGUAGAAAAGGUUCCAGACAGCACUUAUGAAAUGAUUGGUGGGUUAGAUCAGCAAAUUAAAGAAAUUAAGGAAGUUAUUGAAUUGCCUGUUAAACAUCCUGAACUUUUUGAAUCUCUUGGAAUUGCACAACCUAAGGGUGUUCUUUUAUAUGGUCCUCCAGGAACAGGAAAGACUUUACUUGCUAGAGCUGUAGCGCAUCAUACAGAUAGUAAAUUUAUUCGAGUCAGUGGUUCAGAGCUUGUUCAAAAGUAUAUUGGUGAAGGGAGCCGUAUGGUGAGAGAGUUAUUUGUUAUGGCAAGAGAACAUGCUCCAUCCAUCAUCUUUAUGGAUGAGAUUGAUUCUAUUGGGUCUACAAGGAGUGAAAGUGGCAAUAGAGGUGGUGAUUCGGAAGUUAUUAUGGCGACAAAUAGGAUUGAUAUUCUUGAUCCUGCAUUGCUCCGUCCUGGUAGAAUUGACCGGAAGAUUGAGUUUCCACCACCUACAUUGAAAGCUAGAACAGAUAUAUUAAGGAUUCAUUCUCGAUCAAUGAAUUUAACUCGUGGAAUUAAUUUGCAAAAAAUAGCUGAAAAAAUGAAUGGUUUUUCUGGAGCUGAAGUAAAAGGCGUAUGUACAGAAGCAGGUUUGUAUGCCCUUCGUGAACGAAGGAUAUUUGUGCGAGAAGAAGAUUUUGAGCUUGCUGUAUCUAAAGUAAUGAACAAAGUUGGUACAUCGAAUGUUAGUUUGUCAAAACUUUUUAAAUAA